AUGUCCUACCCAAACCCAACGCCCACGCUUUUAACACCGCACCUCCCUCCCAAAACCCUCGUCGGGAUAGACCUAAUCACAUUCACAUCGACGCCCAACUUCCACGGCAUCCGCGACAUCCCGCCGGGAUGGCACUUUGUGUACACGGGCACGACGGAGGGGUUGAGUUUGCGUGUUGGCGGGUGGUUCUUUGUCCCGGAGCCUGAUAGUAGAAAUACUGGCAACUACAAAAACAAUACUAAUGCAGGUGAUAUACGGGUUUGGAAAUGGAGUGAGUACACCGAGAGCCUUGAACCUUUAAGGCUGGAUGAGAGGGCAGAGGGGAUGCGGUAUAAAGCCAAUGCCGGCGGGUUAUGGAGUUCAGGAGGGCUAUUUGGGUACCGGAGCAGGGUUACUGCAGCGGCGGUUUUGAAGCGUGCUGGGGUUGCGGAGAAUAACGGCUUUGGGGAAGGGGAGCUGGAUGAGGAGGAGGAGGAAGGGAGGAGGGAAUGGGGCUCUUUGACGGGGCGGUUUUCGGAGAACCUGCUGGGUAGGAUUACGGGGGAGCCUGGGGUGGAUUGGGAAGGGAGGAAGAGGUGGGUUGUUACGUCGGGGAGUACGGCGAGGCAGGAUGAUGAUGAUAUUCCUGGUGUUGAGGGCGGGUUUAUGGGUACGAAGGAGCGGGAAAGUGAAGUUGCGGCUGCGACUGCGACUGCAGCUGAGACUUCUGUUGCGACUGGAAAGGGAGGACCCGCGGAUAAUAGAGAGAGGGAGUUUUCGUUCCUCCCUGUUGAUCUGAAGAUGACGUGGAGAGAGGGCGCGGUAGGGCGUGAGCGGACAGAAGCAGCGCGCGAUCGAUCGUGGGCGUUGGGCGAGAUCGUUCAUACUAUCUCUUCCUCACAUUCGGAUCCGGCUGAAGGGGAGGCACAAGUCAUCGGAGAACUCCAGUUCACAUUCCUUAUGGGCCUAACGCUGAUGAACUACUCGUGUCUUCAACAGUGGAAGCGGCUGCUCGGGCUGAUCUUAACCUGUCGACGGGCGAUUGUUGACCGGGCUUCUUUGAUGGCGGAUGUACUGCGUUUACUCCUGCUACAGCUAAAGCGGUGCGAUGAUAUUGAGGGCGGACUAUUCGACCAGUUAGGUGCUGAGGGAGGCACCGAGGGAGCCGAGUUCCUGCGCAAGCUUCUAAGAGGGUUCAGAACGGCGUUGUAUGAAGUCCUUGAGGAUGUCGAGACGCCGUCGCCCGUGAGGACGGAAUUCGAGCGGUUAGAAGCCUGGGUUAAGAGCGAGUACGAUUGGGAAUUGAAUCGCGACGCGGUGCUUCGGAGGGGAAUGCUGCAGUUGGAAGAUGGGGAGGAGGUGGAGAUGGAGAUGAUUGACCACGAGGAGGAAGAGGAAUAUGCGCCUGUGGUGGUGGAUUUGGAUAAUUAA